AUGCAGCCGCGCUCCAGGUCGGUGCGGGUGGCCCUGAAUACAAAGGACGCCCUGGAGAAGGAGAGGCUUCGCCAUCGCAGUGGCGGCUACUUCCGGUAUGAGGACAUCCGGAAUCCGAUCGAUGUUCAGCGCGGUUGUCCCUCCCACAUGAAGAACAAGGAGCGCAUGACCGCAGGUCCUGCCUGCGAAGAGAUCAACUACGGCGAGCGCGAGCUGAAGAAGUACAUGAAAGACGAGACCACGGAAGCGCGUCGUGCCAAGCAGUUCGAACGCGAGGAGACGCGCUGGCGCUCGAUCAGCGCGCAGAACGACGCGGCCCAGCGCAGGGUCGAGCGGAUGCAGGCCGACCCCAUGAUAGGCCGCAAGAACUACGCGGGCCAGCCCUACAACGUCGUCAACCAGACCUACGACGCGACUCCGGCGGGAGCCCAGCUCAAGUUCCACGACGACAUGAUCAGGUACCGAUCCAAGGUCCGUGAGGCCACCAUGGCCGUGCGGGGCCACCUCGGGUUCAACCCCAUAACCGGCGAGCAGGUCUACCAGGUGUCCAUUCCGCCGCCCCCUCGCCCACCGUCGUUGGCGCUGGCAUAG